UAGAAUUUCUGACUGUGCAUUUCUGGGACCGCCGUAAUUUAAGAAACAAUUUUUAAAAAAAACAACUAAAAAUUGUUUAAAGUUAAAGUUACAGAGAAAAACGAAAUUCAUUAUUUCAGGAAUAGACACCGGACAAUUAACGUGUUAUUUUAGUUUGAAGAUAUAUAAAGUGUUAUCCACUUUACGCACGCAUCAUGUAUCAUGGUGAUUGACAUCGAAGUGUCGUUUCAGUUUUAAAGGUGUUAUUUCAGUUUUAUUUGCUCAAUUUGCACCAGCGACGACCGACACCAUAUGAGAUCUAACAUAAACAUUGCAUUCUGUCCAACUCAAUCACAAACAUGGUCGCCUGCAGUACAUUUAGUAUGUUGCAUAUUAUGACAGCGUUAUGUGUGGUCAGCGGGCAAGUUUUCAGUGAUGACCAAAGGACUGAAGAAAUAACCAACAAAGGUGUCACUCCUGACCAUAAUGUCAGUGUCGCUGGGAACGGCACACAGGGGACACCAUUUGAUGACGCUGGCUCACGGUGGACAAGUGGUGGGAGCUCACUGCGGAAUGGUAAAAACUUGAAGAAUAUUUGUGUCGUACAGAAUUUCGUGAUUUGUAAAAACCGUGAUCAAUAAACAGAUGAAUAUUGUUAAGUAUGCAAAAAUGAUUACGCUUAAUGAAUUACGAUUACGUUAAUCAUAAAGUUGAUGAUGAUGAUGAGGAUUGAGUACUUUUCUAUCACUCAUGCCCAUGCUAUUUUAGCAUGCUCACAGCGCGCUGAUGUCCUAAAAUCUAUUUAAAGACAAACGUCUUAAAAUGGUUCUUAAAUGACUUUUAACCAUUUUCAAUGUCCCUCAAAGAUUGAGGCAAACCGUUCCACAAUUUAGGCGUAAUAGACAGCCAAUAGUUAACUUGUUAACGUUUUUUCGUACAUAAUAUAAUAUAAGAUGAGAUAAGAAUCUUAUAAAGAUAGUUUUUUUUAUUUAAAAAAAAAAAGGAAAUUUUUUGUUGUUUUUUCAUUCAUCGUAAAAACUUAGGGUAACACACAUCUCGGGUUAGGGUUAGGGUUAGGGUUAGGGUUAGGGUUAGGGUUAGGGUUAGGGUUAUGAAAUAUAGACCUGGGCAACGGAAGAGAGUAGCAAUGAAUAUAGACCACUAUUCUGCUAUGAAAUUGAAAGACGCAAUUAUGCAGUUCUUUAUUUGAAAUAUGCAGCCCGUAAAAUCAAGUAUGGUGAACUGGGAUUUACCCAAAAUUAUAAUUUUUUUUCAUUGAACAAUUUAUGUGUGAGCAAAAAUUUAUCUAAACCCACGAGUGGUCAUAACAGCCGAUCUUCUGGAUUUUUUCCCCCACUUUUACAACAGCGUUUGAAUGAAACUAGUUUCAAUACAAUAUGUGCCAUUUUUUCACUGCAUUCCACGUCAAGUGGAAGCUCUCUCAUUCUUCGACAGCAGUUUGUUGAGUUUCAUAAGGAUGGGAUGAUUCUUAAUUCGAAGAUCUUAAUAAACUUGCAAUUGUAGGAUGGCUGGGUAGACGUAGGAUGGCUGGGUAGACGUAUGAUGGUUGGGUAGACGUAGGAUGGCUGGGUAGACGUGGGGUGGCUGGGUAGACAUAGAAUGGUUGGGUAGAGGGAAUGUGCACAUUGGAUGACUGCACAAAUUUGACGAACCUUUCAGUGGCUUCAACAAGUUCUAUUUGGCAUAUUAGUUCUUGUAGCGGCCAUUUUAUUUUGAUAUACAAAAAGUACAAUUCGGCAUUUCAAAUCUUGCAGUAGCCAUUUUAUUUUAAUUCACAAAAUUCAAGCCAGGGAAUUGUAACACAUUUGUCUUUGGCUUUAAAAAAAUGAUAUACUCGUUCUACACAGAUUUCUAGAAUUUUUCACUUUGCAUCAGUAAUCUUCAAUCGGAGCAAUGUUGAAAACUAAUUUCACUUACAGGAAUCUUGAAAUUGGUAAUUUCAAAAUUAUUUUCUAUUUCUGAAUCAACAUGGUUCUGUCAUUCGUUUUUUUUUUUUUUUUGUUUUACUAUAAAUCAACAUUCUCUACAAUGGUUUUCAUCAAAAAAAAAAAAAAAAUAAUAAAAAAAAUCAGAUCUCAAAUUGUUGCUGUGACUUUUGAGUCAGAGAUGAGCAGCGUAUUAACGAAAAGAAAUGUCAAAUUUCGCAUAAAAUUUGGGUUAAAAUAAUUAUGACUAAACAGCUUAUUCCUCUUUGUAAUUUCAUUAGGGAAGAGUAUUUCGUGAUAUAAUAUAAUGUCGCGAAUUUUUAUUUUUAUUCGUUACAACUUCUUUUUUUUAAAAAAUAGUUUUCCCACCUCUGACCUACAAUAAUCUAUAGCUAACAAAAUCGAAAUGCCGUUGUGUCCUCCUACUAAACGUUUUAAGAACCAAUGGUCUUGUCAAUUAUUGUCAGCUCGUCUAGUCGGUGGUAAAUAGGUAUGUGAAUAUUGGGUUUUGCCAAACCGGUUAUCAGAAACUGGUUUAAACCAGUUAUCAGUUUUUAAAAUGAUUUCCCCAUUGUUCCGUACAUCCAAAUCAGCUUUACAAGACAUUCUAUUUAAGUCUUUCAUUGUUCUGUACAUCAAGAUCAAUUUCACAAUGCACUCUAUAUAAGUUUUUUAAUUGUUCCGUACAUCAAGAUCAAUUUCACAAUGCAUUCUAUUUAAGUCUUUCAUUGUUCUGUACAUCAAGAUCAAUUUCACAAUGCACUCUAUAUAAGUUUUUUAAUUGUUCCGUACAUCAAGAUCAAUUUCACAAUGCAUUCUAUAUAAGUCUUUUAAUUGUUCCGUACAUCAAGAUAAGUUUCACUAUACAUUCUAUAUAAGUCUUAUAAUUGUUUUUAAAAUCAUAUUUUCUUUUUAAAAAUGUGCAAUUCAAAAGAAACAUUAUCCUUUAAAAAUGUAUUUUUUAUGAAAAUGAUUUUCGUUUAGUUUGCAAGCUGGUCUAGUCACUUGUCAGAUAGUCUAGUCACUUGUCAGAUAGUCUAGUCACUUGUUAGAUAGUCUAGUCACUCGUCAGAUAGUCUAGUCACUUGUCAGAUAGUCUAGUCGCUGUCGCUUUUCAGAUAGUCUAGUCACUUGUCAGAUAGUCUAGUCACUUGUCAGAUAGUCUUGUCAGUUGUCAGAUAGUCUAGUCACUUGUCAGAUAGUCUAGUCACUUGUCAGAUAGUCUUGUCAGUUGUCAGAUAGUCUAGUCGCUGUCGCUUUUCAGAUAGUCUAGUCACUUGUCAGAUAGUCUAGUCACUUGUCAGAUAGUCUUGUCAGUUGUCAGAUAGUCUAGUCGCUGUCGCUUUUCAGAUAGUCUAGUCACUUGUCAGAUAGUCUAUUCACUUGUCAGAUAGUCUUGUCAGUUGUCAGAUAGUCUAGUCAGUUGUCAGCAGGUUUCAACCUUUCAUACAUGUAAUAAAUUAUCGUACACUUACAGGUGGCCAUGGCGAUCUUUUCCUUGGGACGUCACCAGCUCAAGGGGAGUCUUCUGACGUCUUACAAGCCAGACAUUCUGAUGUCAGAGCGAACUCUCAAAACGAUCUAGCACACUCAGAUAUUCUAAAUAUAGCUCAGGGCGUGAUGUCAAUGACAGAUGCUCCCAAUGAGACGAAAUGGAUUGUCUCUGUGCCAUUGAAUCAAAACAUGGACCGGGCAGUUCCUGUGCCAGAUAACCCGGGCGUGGAACAUGACGUGAAGCAUAUGGCAGAAAAUUUUGAAAUGGAACAUAGCUUUAAGUCUUUGCCAGAUAAUCCGGACAUAGAACAUGACAUGAUGUCCGCGCCAGAUAAAAAUAAGGAAAUAGAGCAAAUUAAUUUUUCUUUACCCUUGUCUUAUACGUGGAGUGCAGAGCGGCGACCGACCACGGAUAGUUUAGAUGUUGGCAUGUUCAAAACUAGUGGGUCUGCUUCAGCGAGGACUUUGCUUGUAGACGAUUCUGACGUGAUUUUCAUGGGGCGACCGCCAUCACGGAGCACACCUCUGCAGGGAGAGAGCAUAGACGAAAUGAAACUGGCAAAUAACGAGGGGAGCUCUAAGCUUCUGCCGUCAGAUGGUCGAAACGACUUAUGGCCAGCCGUCGAGAGCUUGACGUCUGCCGAAAAUAUCUCCGCUCCAGACAAAGAUUUGGGUGUUUUCCAGACACCCGAGUCUGAGAGAAUCGAGACAAACCGGAACACAGGUCACGAAACCAAUGAAGGACUUCACACGGAUCUGCCAUCUUUGCCCGCAGCCCAGCUCAAAUCUUAUAGUGCGGAAGUUGAUUCUCGAAUCGGGUCAGAAAGAGAAAGUGAACCACAUACAGUUAGGAAUGUUGAGCUCUCGUCUGACGUGCAAGGCCAUGGGGUAUUGGGUAAAAGAAUAGAAGCCACCUACGGCUUCCACGGCAACGACCAUAUUAAAAGGCUUUUAGAUCUUGAUAGACAGCUGGAGCUCUACAAAAAGGAGGCUCGAGAUAACGCAACGGCUGAGCAGCUUUCCUCGCAACUCAAUUCAUCGGGAGCCGUUGAGCUACCCAACGAUCUGGUGGCACCAACAAGCCAUGGACCGAACGGUGACCGAUUGGAUAUAUUACAAACAGACGGGGGGCACUUAUACUUGUGGAUGACAGAUGCUAAAGACACGCCAGCAAAGGAUUCAUCACUUGAGAACAAACAGCUGCCCGGAGAUAUUUUGAUGUAUAACUCAUUUCACGACAAUGAUCCGGCUAACAGAGCGGCAGAUCAACAUCCAAGGAAUGAACAGCUGGUUCCAACAGAAAUACUAAGUCCACUGCUGUCGACGGGUGAUGCAUGGAAUGACGGGAACAAUGACCCCAUGCAAGAUUCGGUGUUGCCUUAUGAAAGGAGACCCCAGGCGCCUGCGCCACCGCAAUUCUUUCAGUCAAAUCUUUCAACGUCAGAUUUGGGACCGGGAAUGAAACAAAACAAUCAUAUGGGCAACCAGCAAGACAAUCAGAUGGGAAACCAUCAAAAUAAUCAAAUGGGCAGCCAGCAAGACAAUCAGAUGGACAAUCAGCAAGCUAAUCAGAUGGGCAGCCAGCAAGACAAUCAGAUGGACAAUCAGCAGGCAAAUCAGAUGGGCAACCAGCUAGACAAUCGUAUGGGCAACCAGCAAGCAAAUCAAAUGGGCAACCAGCAAGACAAUCGUAUGGGCAACCAGCAAGCUAAUCAGAUGGGCAACCAGCAAGCUAAUCAGAUGGGAAACCAGCAAGCUAAUCAGAUGGGAAACCAGCAAGACAGUAAUAUGGGAAACCAUCAAGACAAUCAGAUGGGUAACCCGCAAGACUAUCAGAUGGAGAAUCAGCCAAAUGAACAUUUUGACAAAUUGCUGAACCAGGAUGCGAAUAUCCAGGACCACCAUCAGGGUAAUCAAAUGAUCAAACAACAGAGCAACCAAGAGAGCAGCCAUCUGAACAAGCCACCGGGACUUACACCAAGAGAAGAAGCAGCGGAGACACAACGACAUGACAACGGCAGGAGUUCAUUCUUAGAAACCUUAGACACUCCCCACCGACAUCUAGACCAGAGUUCAGUCAAACCCUACCAACAGCUAGACGCCAUCCUAACAAACCAACCACAACAGCUGGACGCCAUCCUAACAAACCAACCACAACAGCUUGACGCCAUCCUAACAAACCCAUCACAACAGAUGGACGCCAUCAUAUCAAACCAACCACAACAACUGGACGCCAUCCUAACAAACCCAUCACAACAGAUGGACGCCAUCAUAUCAA